GAGAGAAGUGAACAAAAAACUGUCGGCGGUUUUUAUGACGAUGUUUGGAUUGUUUUGUAAUCGAAACAUUCUGAGUUAUCUGUUCGGGUUGAUAACUAAUUCGGAAAAUGAGUCAAAUAAUUGGCCAACGCCUUUUCUAAGUUACUGUCCUCCUGAGCUUAGAUCACCCUCAUUUUUCUUAUGCACUUUUAUCCUACAAAGUUUGUUGAUGCUUACUUCGAUUUCGGAAGCAUUUGUAACAAUUAACUUAGUGUGUCUAUCGAGUGAAAGGGUACUGGCCGAUUUUCAAACACUUUUCAUCCUACUCGACGAUUUUGCCGACGUUUACCCGGACUUGGAUGUUUAUAAUGUUCACAGUGACAAUAUGUCGCAGGUAAAUCAGUGUAAAAAUAUUGAUUAUAACCACAAAACAGAGACGACAAAUCUCAGAAGAGAUAUGGCACUUAUCGUGAGAUGUCACCAAACUCUGUGUAGGAAUUUCAGAGUAACUUUCAAAGCCUCAGAAGGUAUGAUAUCAAUGUUAAAUAUGGUAUCCAUGCUAUUCUCCUGCUCAGCAGCCUACCUCUUGUUAACGGUCGAUGAUUUCAAUAAAAGGGUGAAUUUUACUGUAUCAUUUAUUGUGGUGGGCCUGGCUACAUUCUUCUCUUAUCAUAAUGGUCAACGAGUAUUCAACCAGGACACUUAUCAGAAGUUUAUUAAACUUCUGCUCUGAAGUAUGGCAUCCAUAUCUCGCCUCUCAUGAGCUGGAAUUAGAAAGAAUUCAAAGUAAAUUUCUAAGGUUUGUAUAUUUCAAGCGUUUUAAAAUGUUCUGUCCUUUCAAUUUUCUCACAGCUAACCUAAGAGCCAUAUUUGAUAUUCAAUCCCUGGAAGCAUCUAGGAGCUGUAAAUUGCUUUUGUUCCUAUAUAAUAUAUUGAACAACCGUGUCCAAUCAACCUACCUCCUUUCAUUGCUGAAUAUAUAUGUGUCUU